CCUAACCACCCCAUUGCUAAGAGAUGAGCGACCAUACCCGAGCCAGCCGCUACUCCAACGGCUCUCUGCGGACCUGUCAAAAUUGCGCCCGAGCCAAGAUCCGAUGCAUACGCUCCGUUCCCACCGAGAGCUGCGACCGCUGCGAACGCUUGGGGAAAACAUGCCACUUUCACCCAGGGCGACGAGCAAACGCAGUUCCCCGUCUAAGCGAUAGCAAGGACCGCCGGAUCGACGCGCUCGAAGCCAAGCUGGACCGCCUCCUGGCGCAAGCCAGUAUUGAAGAUAGAAGCCCAGCAGCUAGCACCCCUGGUCCAAUCGAGGAUGUGAUCGACAAGGGACUCUUGACCAUUGAGGCCGCAAGCCUGCUGCUGCAGGAUUAUCGGAGGACGCUGAUGCCGUACUGUCCGUUUGUCGUUGUCCCUCCGCACGCGACAGCAGCUACACUGCGGAGGGACAAGCCCUUUCUCUUCCUGGCCAUUCUUACCGCGGCAUUGUACGACAAUAUGCCCCUGCAACGGACACUGGAACUUGAGGUCAAGCACGCGAUCAGCAAUUGCAUGAUCUUCGAUGGCCCGGUUUCGUUCGAGACGCUUCAGGGCUUGUUGGUUCAUUUAGCGUGGUGCCAGUAUCACUCGCGGCCCCGCCGAUUCUCCCAGUACUUGCAUCUUGCUAUCAGCAUCAUCACCGACCUUCAGCUUGACCGCGCCCCCGAGGAUCGAUUCUGGAGAACCAGGGUGGAUUUCAACGGGGAGCUCGACCGGGAGAUCUCGUGGGGAAGAGAAGAGAGAAGGGCGGUGAUCGGGUUCUUCUGGUUUUCAUCCAGCAUCUCACAAAUCCUCCAGAAACGCUCUUCGUUCUCCUUCAUUCCGUAUCUUGAGACGUCAUGCGAGUUCCUGGCAUCAACCGCUGAAUACGACUCGGAUCGGCACCUGCUGCACCUCAUCCAGCUGCAGCGCCUGUCCGAAAGGAUAAUUGUAGCCUCAUCGCAGCAUAACUCAGAGCCCUAUGACGCAGAUGCACUCGAACAGUGCUACCGUGACCGUCGGUCUGAGCUGGAUCUAUACCUCGCCCAGCUCCCCUUCCCGCUCACCGACAGCCAUCUUCUUUUGAUGCAGUACCACACGGCAGAGCUCUACCUUUGCCAGGUGACACUGUUCGACUACAAGCCUCGCUCCCAGCAUCGCCAGCACGAUUCGCCCUUCCAGAUCGAAGCCCUCCGCCUGGGGCUGACCGCGGCGCGCACGCUGCUGGAGUUCUAUGUGUCUCUUCCCCUCCGUCGGGAGGUCGCCUUCAAUAACGCAGGCUGGGUUCAGCUCGGGUUCGCCGUGACCCUGGCCUGCAAGCUGGUCAUUGCCGCGGCGGACCCCCUGAUCCAUCCUCACACGGUGGAUCUGACCCGGGCGCUCAACCUCUCCAACAUGCUGAGCAGGUGUAUCAUACGGAUCCAGGCGCUGAUCACCUCUCAGAUGGACGCCCGCGGCGACCGUGAUGUGUUCUAUCACCACGAGAAGCGGCUCAAGCGGGCGCAGUGGUGGUUUGAAAGUCGGAGCUUGUCACGAUCACAGCCUCUCGAAUGCCUGCCGGCGGCCGUCGAUCCCUCGUCGAGUGCCAGCAUCUCGCAUCCCCCCCGCGAAGAAGAACUGAGUGGCUAUGAUGCAGUUUCGCGUGAGGGCUUUGAUUUUCAGUGGCCGGGGUUGUUCCCCAGCCCUGCCUUUGACGACAUGUUUGCCGAUUGGAUCGCGCAGGGAUCCACGGGAUUUUGA